AAAACCCGAAACUCAUUUGUUUUUUCUUUACCGGGAAAAACCGUUUCGCGGUCAAACAUGGCUUGCAUCUCCUCCUCCACCUCCAUUUCUUCUUUCUCCGCUCUACCGGCGAGUCGGUCGAGAUCCGCCGCCGUCUUCUCGUCGAGCUCCAGACCUCGGCAGAGAAUCCACUGCACUCUCGGAGGGACUGUAGCAGAACCAAAAACUACUGAGCCACUUUUGCUUACUGCUGUCCGCGGCGAAGAUGUGGAGAGACCCCCAGUUUGGCUCAUGAGGCAAGCUGGAAGGUACAUGAAGAGUUAUCAAAUCAUCUGCGAGAAGUAUCCCUCCUUUCGUGAAAGAUCAGAGAAUGUUGAUCUUGUUGUAGAAAUAUCUCUCCAGCCAUGGAAUGUCUUCAAGCCUGAUGGGGUAAUUUUAUUCUCAGACAUUCUCACCCCACUUUCUGGGAUGAAUAUACCUUUCGACAUUGUGAAGGGCAAGGGUCCCAUCAUAUUCAACCCUAUACAGACGGCUUCUGAUGUUGAUCAAGUGAGAGAAUUCAUUCCUGAAGCUUCUGUUCCAUAUGUCGGGGAAGCUUUGAACAUCUUGAGAAAAGAGGUCGAUACUAAAGCAGCAGUAUUGGGUUUCGUUGGAGCUCCUUUCACUCUAGCAUCCUACGUGGUAGAAGGUGGUUCAUCGAAGAACUUCACAAAGAUAAAGAGACUGGCCUUCUCCCAACCCAAGGUUCUCCAUGCGUUACUUGAUAAGUUCGCUACGUCCAUGGCUAAGUAUGUCAAGUACCAAGCUGAUAAUGGAGCCCAGGUCGUUCAGAUCUUCGAUUCAUGGGCCACAGAGUUAAGCCCUGAGGACUUUGAGGAGUUCAGUCUUCCUUACUUGAGGAGGAUCGUGGACUCUGUGAAGCAGACACACCCGAAUCUCCCUCUAAUCUUAUAUGCCAGUGGUUCAGGAGGCUUGCUUGAGAGGCUAGCCUUGACGGGUGUGGACGUGGUGAGCUUGGACUGGACAGUCGAUAUGGCUGAAGGGAGAAGACGACUGGGUGCUGAUGUGGCCGUGCAGGGUAACGUGGACCCGGGCGUCCUCUUCGGUUCGAAAGAGUUCAUCACCAACCGCAUACAUGGCACCGUCAGGAAAGCUGGGAAAGGCAAACAUAUUUUGAACCUUGGUCAUGGUAUCAAGGUUGGUACACCAGAGGAGAAUGUUGCUCAUUUUUUCGAAGUUGCCAAAGCGAUUCGAUACUAGGAGAUGUUCCCUUAGAUUCCUUCUCAUUUUUUGUCCCCUUUAAUGGGGGAUUGUGUUACUUAGCUUAGAAUCAUAUGAAAGCCUUUCCAUAUUUUGCGUUUGAAUCUUGCUCCUGCUAAAACUCAUGGGGAGCAAUUCCCUGGCAAAAUAAAUGGCAUUGAUGCCAAUGAGCCUUUCCAA